AGUGCCUGUGCAAGCCCUCUGGGGAGAGAGAGAAAGUGACAAGGGAAGGAAGGAACACUAAACAAUCCAUCAAGAGAGAUAAGUGGAGCUAAUUUACGACUUGAGACACGGAAAAGGGGAGAAAUCAAGCACUUUAUUUUUUGCUUUUCAGUUUCAUGCCUGCUUUCCCUUAUUACCGUUUCCCUUGUUUGUCCUAGAUCUCUUUAUUCGCAAUCUUAACGUGCGGCCUGUUCAAGCAUGCCCACAAACGGAAUUAACAGGGCCCUGAAGCUGCAGUUUGGCCUCAUCAACUAUGAGAACCGCUACCUGACAGCUGAGGCCUUUGGCUUCAAGGUGAAUGCCUCAGGCACCAGCAUGAAGAAGAAACAGAUCUGGACCUUAGAGCAGGAUGAGCAAGAUGGCCAAGUAGUGUUCCUCCGCAGCCACCUGGGACGCUAUCUGGGCUCUGACAAAGAUGGGAAGGUCAUAUGUGGGGCAGAGAAGCCUGACCCUGACUGCCGGUUCCUUAUUGUGCCCCAAUCAGAUGGUCGCUGGGCACUGCAAUCAGAGCCUUACCUGCGUUACUUUGGAGGCUCGGCUGACUACCUGUCCUGCUUUGCCCAAGUCAUUGGGGAACAAGAGCUGUGGGCCGUCCAUCUGGCUUUACACCCACAGGCCAGCCUGCUCAGUGUGGCACGUAAGCGCUAUGCCCAUCUGUCUGCUUCAGAUGGAGAGAUCUCAGUAGACAGCAACAUUCCCUGGGGAGUGGACUCCCUGGUCACCUUGGUAUACCUGGACGGAAAGUACAGCCUGAAGACCUGUGACAGCCGUUUCCUCAGCAAUGAUGGCAAACUGGUGAAGGAGAACACCAAUACAACUAGCUUCACACUGGAGCUGAAAUCUGGCAAGCUGGCCUUCAAGGACUGUGAUGGGAAAUAUCUGACCCCGGUGGGUCCCACAGGAACACUGCGUUCUGGCCGAUGCUCCAAGCCUGGAAAAGAUGAGCUGUUUGAUCUUGAGGAGAGCCAUCCACAAGUAGUUUUUCAAGCCGCCAAUAAAAGAUUUGUCUCGGUCAAGCAAGGAGUGAGUAUUUCAGCCAAUCAGGAUGUGGAGACAGACAUGGAGACCUUCCAGAUGGAGAUUGAUAAGGAGAGCAAAAAGUCUAUGUUCAGGACCAAUGGCGGAUCCUACUGGACUCUGGUGACUCAUGGAGAGAUCCAGUCCACUGCCACAGAAGUAGAGGUCAACACAAUGUUUGACAUUGAGUGGCAAGGACAGAGGGUGGCACUCAAGGCAAGCAAUGGAAAGUAUGUGUGUACAAAGAAGAAUGGACAGCUCUCAGCAGUCAGCGAUACCGUGGGUAAGAGCUUUCAAGCAAGCCACUUGAGAUUCAGUGCUGUAUUUGUCAUGGGUACAGCUUUUUUUUUAAACCUAUGCACAAUAGAUGAACAGUGUUUAUCCUUCAUUGCAGGUGAUGAUGAAUUAUUCCUGAUGAAACUCAUCAACCGCCCUAUGCUGAUCCUCCGUGGAGAGAAUGGCUUUGUGUGUCACCACAAGAACUCCAACACUCUGGAUGCAAAUCGAUCUGUCUAUGACAUUUUCUCAUUGAUCUUCAACGACGGCGCCUACAAUGUAAAAAGUGUGAAUGGAAAGUUCUGGUACGUCUCUAGCAGUGGCCUAGUGUGCUCGGAUGGGGAGAAGUCAGAGGACUUUUUCCUUGAGUUCCUGGAACAUGGACGCAUCGCCAUCAAGGGCACCAAUGGCAAGUACCUUCGUGGGGACCAGGGAGGCACACUUAUGGGUGAUGGUACAUCCGUUGAUGCAUCUUCUCUCUGGGAAUACUGAUCCUCUCAAUAAGAGUCAUCAAAGAAGGCCCAAGAUGUGGGUGCAGGACCCGCUUGUAUCAGCUCAUAUGAAGCAGACUGACCGGGUAACAUUUUCCUGCCUGUUUUUAUACUAGCUGCCAGGUGCACAAUCCCAUGGUUUGUUUUUGUUUUUUUAAUUGGGAAGAAAAGAACACUAUAGGAAAAUAUGUGUGUUUUUUCUUGUGAAUGUCAAAUGUUUUGUCUUUCAAAUGACAAUGCCAACAUCAAGCAACACAAACUAUGUGAAAAUGUGUAAUUUCACAAAUACGGUAUAAGAAAGUGACUGUCCCAAUUGUUUCAUACAUAUUUUGUUAAACAUAAUAUCUUUCCAGGCAGCCACACUGGUCACUCACUAAACAGAAAGAAAUUUAACAAAGUGUGUUGCUCCAUAACUCGGUUUGUUGCUCGCGCUGACAUGUUUAGCCCAUUCAGAAUGCAUGUCCAUGAAUGGCAAAAAAGGAAUCUUUAAUCCUUCUGUUUCUGAUAAAUUCCAAUGUCUAAAUACACAAAGUGUCUCAAAAAGUUAGAACACCUUUGCAGGUUUUCUGUCUAUAAAAAAACAGAUAUACCUCUUCUGACACAACAGCCCUCAACAACAUUCACACAAACUAAUUGAAAAUCAGUCACAGGGAAUGACAGAUCAGUGUGGCUGCAUCCUCAGAUUUAGUUCAGGAAAAACAGGGAUAUCCAUUUAUGGACACAAAAAUAACCUCAUUUGGUUUAGGUGGACAUUAUUUGACGAUGAUUAUCUGGAUCGUACAUCUAUAACCUCUUUCAACAACCCCAUUAUGUUUACAGCUUUAAAAUGAUUUCAAUACUUUGAUAUGUUCUAUAACAAUAUGAUCAAUGAUGUAAUUGUGUGUGGUCAUUGGUGCCACUCUAAGCAAAGGUAAUGCAUCAUUGUCUUCAAAAACAGCAAAUGGCUGAUGCCAGUGGCGUUUUCAUUUAUCUUAAUGGACCAUUUACAGCUUCUUUAAAAGCAAAAUAUAGAGCAAAUGAAGUGGACAGGAGCAAAUAGACUACUGUAUCAGGCACCUUUGCAAUGCUGAGCAAUGCAUAUCCAAAGAGGACUUAAGUCAGCGUCACUGCAAACACAGAAAUACAAUAGAGAUACGUAAUACAUAUAGAAAUACAGAGAUCAGACAUGUUCAGGGAGAAAUGUCAGUAGUAAUGUCAUAUAUCCAUGUCAGGGGCAAGCAAGAAAUCAAAGGGGGAGCACAUGUAAUCAUCUGAUGGACUAUUUAUCAUUUUUAAUGUACCAGGGGUGAACUCAAAAAGUGCUUCGCUGGUGUUCUGCCUAGGGGCCUUAAACCAUACUGCACUCUAUAUCCCAUUAUACCCUGUUCUCAUGUUCAGAGUUGGGUGAUAAGAUUAGAAAAUAUAAUGUAUUUUGAUAACAGAUAUUUUUGAUUAAGUAAGAUUACUUAUUGGAAUACUUGUGAGUGGAAUGAGACAACUCAUUAGACAAUUAAAACUGAAAUCCUAUAAAACAUGAUGCUGAAGCAAAUGUGUUUGAAUACAAGUAAUGCUUUUUCUCUGUUUACCUGCACCCAAGAUGAGAAGAUGCAAUGAAUUUUUAUUUGUGAAAUGAGUGCUUUGUACACUCACUUUGCCCAGCUCCAAUGUGUCCGCACUCUGCUCCCUCAGACAGCUUUGGAGUUGAUGGAAACCAAGUUUCACUUCACAAAGCUGGGCUAUCUGCUUAUACUCUGCUUCCAGUCUUUGUGCACAGCUAGGCCAAUAACUUCCCACUGAAAUCAAUAUGAAUCUUCUCAUCUAACUCUGGAUAAGACAGCAAAAGACUGUAUUUCACAAAAUGAUGGAGUGUUCCUCUAAGUAACCUACCUAGCACUGCUUUUGUAAAAUGUGAUCAGUAGCCUGUAGUUGAUCCCUAUCCAGUGCAGCCCCUUUAAAGAGGGAAGUCUUAUAUUGUGACUCUCACAUUACUCACUGAACUGAUUACAUACACCAGACUAGGGGUGGGCAACCUGAGAAAAAGAUCAUAUGACAAUGUUUUUGGGUAGGAUUGCAACUCACAAUCUGAAUCGCAUAGAUUUACUUGAACUCAUGCUCAACUCGUCAAGGACUGCCAUCGCCAGCUACAGUUGCUGGUUAACAGCGAUUGAACUUUCAAAAAUUAAAUAGCUAAAUACAGCAGUUUUUAAAUGGCACAACCUAUGUGAUUCAUCUGAAAAAUAGAUCAUAUGCCACAGUAUGAUAGUCCACGAAAUAAGAUCAUCAGGUCACCCACCACUACAACUGACACCCAUCAAAUUUCUACGGGCACAAGCUGCCCACACUUUUUAGAGACAGAUGUUGGUGUGCAGUACAGAGCACAACCUGAACCUGUAUGCAAUUUAUCCUGUAGAUCUUUGUCAUUACUUCCCAGGAAGAAAUAAAAUCUGCAGUAGUGCAAGAAUAAUAUCUUAACCAAUGAUUGUGUGAUGUAUGCAAUUUGCAAUAAUAGAGAAACUUUUUAGAAAGCAAUGUCUAAAAGGCUUGGUCACCUAUGCAUUCUGUAUCAGCUCUAUAUAGAGCCUCUGGCCAUAUUUUAGAAUGUAUUUAAAACAUACAUAGAUAUUUGUUGUUUUACUAACUUUGUUUGCUGAUAUGAUUUUUGAAAAUGUUGAUAACAAUAAAAACUUGACAACAUCUUUGUUGACUUCGGGACUAUAAU